AUGUCGAUGUCAACUUCAGACCAGCAGGUCUGGAAGAAGGUGCUUGCGGCGAAGAACAAGUACAUGACAAUGCCACAGAUCGAAGCUAGUUUCCCUACGAUGGCGAAGAAAGCUGUCACUCAAUCUACGGCGAAUUUGGUUAAGCUGAGAUUGUUCAGUACAUCCAAAUCGAAAGACGACGAUAAGACGAUACUGUUUCAUGCUCAUACAGCUGAAGAAGCUAAGCAGAAAUCUGCAAUGACACCCGAGCAGAAGAUCGUCUUACAAGUGAUCAAACAAGCUGGUGAAAGGGGUAUAGCCUCCGCUCAAAUAGGUAGACAGAUAGGUCAUGAGACCAUGCCUCAAGCUAUAUUGAGGAAAACCGUCAAGAAUCUUGAAUCAAGUGGUCAUAUCAAGCAAUUCAAACCUGUUAAUGCCCCUACCACACCUUACUACGUUAUGGCAGAUGCGAAAAUCCCAGAAGAGAUCUCUGGAGGUAUAUGGUUUGAUAAUAAUCAAGAAUACGAUCAGGGUCUGGUAGACGCCCUAUGUCAAGUUUUGCAACAUAGAGUGUAUCAAUUGACAUACGUAGAUAAUCGAGAUCGUACUGGUAAAGCCGACCCAGCAACUCUCAAAGAUACCAAAGAAUCCCUCUUGGUACCAUACGCCAUGACUUUAUCCAAUUCGAAGAAUUACAGCUUGUUGACUCCCAUGGCAUUACGAAACUUUGUUAAUAAAUCGAAACUCACCUCAGCUGAAUUAUCAGUCAAAAAUAUAAUGGAAGUCAUGAGAGCAUUGGAGCUGGAUGGUCUGGUAGAAUCGAUCAAACCUUUUAAUGCGUCAAUCACAUUUCAAGACGACGAUGAUCACCUUGAUGAACGAGAAGGAUCGUCGAGUAAGAGGAGGAAGUUGGAUUUGGAUGAUGGAGAUGAUGAUGAAGGUAUGGAUAGUGAGGAAGAGGCGAAAGCGAAAGAAAAGGCAAAACAGAAGAUAAAGGAGAAGAAGAGAAGGGAAAGACAGAAAGAGAAGAAGAAGAAAAUGAAGGAGAAGAAGGAAAAGAAAAUGGAGAAGAAGAGGAAGGAGAAAGAGAAGAAAAAGAAGAAGAAGAAGGAAAGAGAGAGAGAGAAAGCUAAGAAGAAGAAAUCCAAGAAGAACGACACUGCAAUUUCCGAUUCCGAUGACGACCAACUUCUCUCCAUCAAUGACGAAUCCUCUUCCAAGAAACGCAAGAAGCGUUCAAGGUCUUCAUCAGUCUCUUCAGUCUCUUCCAUCUCAUCCGUCUCUACAGUCUCAUCAGUAUCAUCCGUAUCGUCCGUCUCAUCCGGUUCGUCCGACUCGGUAUCGUCAGUGGCAUCAGACGAAAUCGAUGAUGUCCUCUUACCUGUCAAAUCUAAAUCCUAUUCCACCAACAACAACAGUUUGCCGAAUAAUAAUAUACCGACCUUUUUCCCUGGUGGAUUGGGAGGGGGAAUAACUGACUUAUCAGAUCAAUCGAUUAUAUACAAAGCGACCAAUAGGUUAGUCAACUUGUUAAAAGGUCAAAAUGAAAUACCGUGUGGGAAAUGUCCAGUAUUUAGCUUUUGCGAAGAAGAUGGACCGGUCAAUCCUAAGGGAUGUACGUAUAUGAGUCAAUAUUUGGAUGAUGAAGUUGGUGGAUGGGAUAGGAGGGUUUUGGGUAAGAUGAGACCUGAUUUAGCUGAACCUGAGCCAGAAGCUGAAGCUGGAGUGCAAAUUGAGGGGGUUGAGGAUGAGAUCAAUGGGAAUGGAGAUUAUGAUAUGGAUGAAGGACAUUGA